AUGGCCGUCGUUACUCAAGCAGCAAACUAUAUCGAGAAGGCCCUCGGCCACGGCAAGAAUGCCUUCACAGAGCAAGACAUGACCAAUGCGGCUCGAGACCGCGAGAAGUACGCCGACAAAGAUGGAGAGACUAUGCAAGCGCUCUGCUGGAUGGGCAAGAACGACGUGCAAGUCCUCGAAACUCCCAAACCAGCCGUCAUCGAAGAUCGAGACGUAAUCCUCAAAGUGACGGGCAGCACAAUCUGCGGCUCGGACCUGCACCUCUUCCACGGCGCCGUCGUGCAGCUCCAAAAAGGCGACAUCCUCGGCCACGAGUUCUGCGGCAAAGUCGACAAAAUGGGUUCUGCCGUGAAGGGCUUCAAGGAAGGCGACCGCGUCGUCGCGUCGUUCCAGAUUGCGUGUGGAGAGUGCAUGUAUUGCAAGAAGAAGCUGUCGUCGCAGUGCGAGCGCACGAAUGCCAAUACGAUGGAGAAUGCAAUGUAUGGCGGAAGAACGGCGGGGAUGUUUGGAUACAGUCAUUUUACGGGCGGGUUCGCGGGUGGGCAGGCGGAGUAUGUGAGGGUGCCAUUUGGGGAUGUUAAUUUGUUGAAGCUACCGGAUGACGUGCCGGAUGAGAAGGGAUUGUAUCUCAGUGAUGUGCUGGCGACGAGUUGGAAUUGCGUCGUUGAUACUGGCGUAAAGGAGGGAGAUGUGGUCGCAAUCUGGGGUGCGGGCCCGAUCGGGAUGAUGGCUGCGGAGAUGAGCUUCACCAAUGGAGCGAAAAGGGUCAUCUUGAUCGAUGGAGGCAAUGGGGCGUGGAGGCUUGACUAUUGCAAGGAGAAGCUGCCGAAGGUUGAGACUGUUAACUUUACGAGUUUACCGAAAGGACAUAGCGUCGUCAGUGUUUUGAAAGAGAUGGAACACGGCGGGCCAGAUGUGGCUCUUGAAUGCGUGGCUGGCGAGUACGCGAAAGGAUGGGCACAUUACUUUGAGUUGUUGUUGGGAGCCGAGACGGAUUCGAGUGAAAUCGUCAACGAGAUGAUUGAGUCUGUCAAGAACUUUGGACGAUGCGGUAUCACCGGUGUCUACGUUGGGUAUACGAACCAUUUCAACAUUGGAGCAUUGAUGGAGCGAGGAAUCAAAUUAUUUGGUAAUGGACAGGCGCCAGUACACAUGUACUGGGAGAAGCUUCUGAAAAUGAUUCAAGAGGGAGAAACCGAUCCAGGCAUCAUGCUUACACACAGGCUGAAGGUCGAAGAGAUGGACAAGGUCUAUGAGAACUUCAACACUUACUCGAAGGGUAUGCAAAAGGUGUUCGUGCAGACGAGGUUUUCGGACCCGCCAGCCAAGGGGACGCCAGACUUGACGUCGCUGAAAUAG